AUGCUGAUUAUUUGUGUGUGUCUCUCUUUGCAGGAGAGUGAAGAUGGAGUAGGAGAAGCGGUUCUGUCCGACUACGACAGUGCAGAUCCGGAGGAGAACGGCUCCCAUUCAGAGGGAGUGGAGGAGGAAGAGGAGGCGGAGCAUUUCAGCGACGAAGAAGCACCAGCGGCAGCAGCCAGCGAGCCCAAACCCCCAGCUGCCGACGAAGGCGCCACAAAGGCCGAGGUGGUGGAGGAGGAGGAGCAGAAGGAGCAGCAGGAGCAACAGGGUGGUGAGGAGGGGGAGGAAGAGGAGGACGUGGCAGACAAGGAGGGAGGAGGAGGACAGAGCAAAGAGGAGACCAAGGCCGAAGUGAAAGGGAACUUGGCCGGAGAGCGCCAGAGCGGCGACGGACAGGAGUCUACAGACGACCCUGAAACGAAGGACGGAGGGAAACCCGGUCAGAAGCUCGACGAUGACGAGGACAGAAAGAACCCGGCCUACAUCCCGAGGAAGGGUCUGUUCUUCGAGCACGACGUCAGAGGACACACUCAGGAGGAGGAGAGACCUAAAGGUCGAAACAGGAAGUUGUGGAAGGACGAGGGUCGCUGGGAGCACGACAGGUUCAGGGAAGAGGAGCAGGCGCCGAAGAGCCGCGAGGAGCUCAUCGCCAUCUACGGUUACGACAUCCGAAACGGCGGCGGCUCCGGAGACCGGUCGUACAGGCAGCGGCGGCCCAGACAGAGUACGUCUCCCAGCAGAGACAAGCGCUGGAGAGACGGAGGAGAGCGUCCGGUCCGAUCGUGGCACAGCGGAGGAGGAGGAGGUCUGAACCGAGGAGGAGCUCCUCCGCCUUCAUCCCCCCACCCCUCCUCUACACCGCCAUCCUCGCUCCCUCUCUCCUCUGCUCAGCGUGGCGGCAGUUCCUCCAGACCGCCUCCCUCCCGCAACAGACUGUCCUACCAGAAUCAGACGCACCCCGCGCCUCACUACAGGAAUAAUGAAUCAAACGCACCCCAGAUGCAUCCCCGGGAACGACAGGGCCCUAAAGCUCAGUCCGACCCCACAGGAGACAAGGGUGGAGUCAGCAGAGGGGGGCGGGGUGGUGGCGGUGGAAGGGGCGGACCCUCUGUGGUCAUUGAGGACAUCACAGUCAGCCAAGGAGGCGUUCGGGAACAGGACCUUAGCGAGACGACGACGACGACUGCAUCACAGCCGGGCGGUUACAAGUCUGCAUCGCCGAGGCGACAGCAACAGGAGCAGCAAGGGAGCGCCGACAGAUCUGCGACAGGAUUGGCUGCUUCCUCCCCCACCUCUGACCCCUCCCUUCAGUCGUCAGUUGCGGCGACCAAUCGGGAAGCCUCUCCUCCCACUGAGCGGCCGGUGGAGCGCAAGUCUUACUCGGCGGCUCGCCGGACUCGCUCUCGGCCCGCAGACCUGGGCAGCAAGCAGCCGUCCGUGGAGGAGUCCGCAGCCGCGGGGAACGCCUCGUCCUCCCCCAGCGGCGUGGGAGGGAAGAGCUGGGCGGGAGCAGGCGACGGGCCGAGUCAGGCGGGAGGAGGAGGGGCGCUGGCAGAGCUGGACCAGGACGUGGCUCGACUCAGUCUGGCAGGACAGAGCUGGCGCCAGAGUCCGACGUCCUACGUGCGGUCUGAGAUCAGAGGCCUCCCCAACCCAAUCCACAUCCCCGGCGGCCCGCCUCAGUUCUCCGGCAUAGAGGAGAUCGGUGUCGGCGCCAAUCGGGCCAAACGCUACUCCUCCCAGCGGCAGAGGGCCGUACCGGAGCCGGCGCCGCCCAUGCACCUGGGAGUGAUGGAUGGACACUACUACGAACCCAUGUCGUACCAGGGACCAAUCUACGCCCACGGGGAAGGCCCCGCCCCCAUCCCGCCGCAAGGCAUGCUGGUCCAGCCUGAGAUGCACAUGCCCCACCCGGGUCUCCAUCCCCACCAAUCAGGCGGCCCGAUCGCUAACCCCGCCCUCUACGGAGGCCCUCCUGUUUCUCUGUCGCCAGGGCAACCACAGCAGCUGCUGCCGCCGCCAUUCUACCCUCCGCCAGGGGUCAUGACCUUCCCCUACCCCACCAUGUACCCGACUCCACAGGGUCAGGCCCAGGUGACCUACGGCGGUGUGACGUACUACGACACCAUGCAGCAGCAGGCCCAGCCCAAACCGUCGCCCCCCCGCCGCACCUCCCAGCCCGUCACCAUCAAGCCCCCCCCUCCGGAGUUGCACUUUGCCUCAGAGUGACCCCGCCCCUCGCCCCUCCCGGCCGCCCAGUCUCGGGCUCGCUCUGAUCCAGGAGCUACAGGAGCUGGUGGGAGGGUCAGUGAGGAGCUGCAGUCUCCAACAGCAACCGCCCGCGUCACCCAAGGGAGGUGGGGGGGGCAGGCGGACGGAUGGUGGGAGGCGAAGUUGGUGACCCACAGCGUCGCUGGUGGAAAAUGACUGUUCCCCUCCUCUUAUUUUUCUUUUUCUUUUUUUUUUUCUUUCUCCUCUUUGUUUUCAUCCUUGUAGCAGUCAGGCGGGUUGGCGACUGUUCUGUAACUCUGCAGCCACAGGUUUGAUCCCACCAACGUGUCUUUGAGCAACAAAGCUGAACCUGGAAACGUUCUGCCGGUCGGACUGACGACUCUGAACCCUUUAGAGCCUCUUUGAAGCAUUUAGCGCCUCACGGAGUCGGACUCUGAGCCGCAACGCUGGGGUCAGAGAAAGUCUGUUUUAGUUUUUUUUUUCUCUUCUUCGCAGUAACGUUUUGUGUUGAAACGUCGGACUGAAAACAGACGGUAUAAACGGUUUCUCUCUCAGCUCACUGUAGACCAGCUGUUCUAACAGGAAACUGGAGGUUCGUGUGCGUCACUGCUCCUCCAAAAGCGUUUAGCAAGAUAAAAACUGAAGCACACUGAAAUUUAAACAGCUGACGGUUAGUUUGAGGGCUGUCUGUGAGAAUCGGUUGUGUGCAUAGUUUGAAUGCAGCUCUCAGUGUCGCGUUGAUACGUUCAUGGCUGACCCGGUGCUUCCUGAACUCCUCCAGAUGGUGGCAGUUUGUUAGACUCACAGACAUACAGUUCACUUUUCUUUCUCUGUUUCGUUUCUUUAACUCGUCAGCUCUGUGCUCGUUACUAGAACUCACUUUAUCUCACUUUAGAUGUGAAACCUGGAUUCAGAAAUCUGUCCCGGACCGGAGGCUGCGGCUCAAGACCGCUUAGUCGGUAAAAGGGCCGUCACAGUUUCUCAGAGUCAAAGGUCGCGUGUUUAAAUGAUCUGAAAAGUCUCGCCAUUUCAGUUUCUUUUGAUCUAGUAGUUGAUAAAUCGGCCGCUCGUCGACGCGAUUGUUGGCGUUUUAACUCAGCAGCAGUCGUGAGAGCAGAAUAAAACUGCUGUCGUUUCUCUUCCAAUAAGAAAACUAAAGCACGGCGGUGUUUAUCUGCAGGUCAGAGCUGGGAAAGACCAAAACAAUACAAAUCUUUAAUUAUUUUUUUUAAGCUUGGAGACGUGUUGUUUUUUUUUUUUUACUUUCCUGCAACACGACAAAAACACGGACAGCCGGAUAAAAAAGACCUGCAAGCGGAUUUAAACCUCCAGGUUAGUCCCCACAGCUGCGUCACAUCCACUGUUAGCUUAGCGAUGGCCGCCCAGCCGGAAGAGACACACAGACCAAUCACAGCUGUCACUACAAGUUAACCAGGACUCACGACCUCUGAACUGCACCGGCCGUUUCACACAGAGCAACCUAUCACAUCGCAGAUGGAAGCUAAUGUAGCAGCUAGUGUCUCAUUUAAAAUGAAAUAAUAAUUUAACUGAAGACACGACAGGACUGCCGUCGCCCACCCGGGGACUUUUAAAGAGACGUUAACGUGUGACAUCAGCGGCGCCCCCCUUCUUUUAAAACCUCAGUUAAUCUGCUCGUCCGAUCGCACAGUUCAUUUUCUGACGGCAGCGUUUCGUUUUCUUCCUCCUGAUGAGCAGAAAGUCAAAUUAGAGGCACAAGUUGCACAAAGUCUGUCGUCCGUCUGAGAGAAGCCGCCGCCGGGUGGAGGCGUUUAUCGUCGCUGUAUAUAGAAAUCUAAAUGUGUAUAUAGAAGCUUGAAUGGAUGAAAUAGAAACAUAUUGUAAUAAUUCUGCUUCAGAGCAGCUUCUGAUUCAUCUGCAGGGACCUCGAAUGUUAACAGAAGUUAGAGAGAAGGAGCGGCGAGGCUUUAGCUUUCACUUUUCUAUUCCUUUCCUUUCUGAAACGUCACUGUUUGAUUUUAAUACUGGUUUUCUUUUUUAUUAUUAUUAUUAUUGUUAGUAAAUGCAGGAGGGAAACGGUGACUCUGCUGACUCAUUUUGUUGAAGAAACCACUUCAUGAGGCUGAAACGAGCUGCUCUUCAUCACUCGUUCGUCCUGAGUUAAGGGAAGCAGACACGCUUGUUUAGAAGUGGCCUCCUCUUCCUCUUCUUCCUCCUGCAGUUUAUUUUACAUUAAAUGUAUGAAUGAAGCGCUGGAGGUCAAAUUAAAGACAAAUAUUCCAGAUUUGUCCUGCGUGAUGAUGCACAAACGGGUAAAAUGUGGAAGCUCGUUCUGCCAGAGGAAGUUAACGCCAAACGCGCUGCGCCACGUGACUUCCUGCCCUGUUGGAGUCCUUAAGUCGCUGCCUCCUGUUAAACUGCAACCUGAAAAUAAGCGUUUGUGCCAGUGAUGCUCAGAAAACGCAGCCGCAGCUACAAGAGGUCCUGAUUCAGAAAAGUUUCUGUAGUUUAUGUGAAAGUUUGUCUGUUUGAGAAACGAUCCUCUAGACAGACGCCGUCUCGGUCUGUUGGAGUCGUUACUACAGAAACUGGAGUUUGUUUCAGCGUGUACUGUUCCUUUAAAAUCUUCCCUGAUCGGCCCCGAUACUGAUCCAUAAGAUGGACUCGACAGCAGGUUCAUGUGUACUGUAGUUUCUCUGGCAGACGCCGAGCUUAAUGGCUGUUUUUCAAAGAGACGGAUCUUCACUACGGCUGAAGUCUUCUCUGAAGGGUGACUCUGACUUCACGUUUUAUUUUAAAGAACAUGAACGGCGGCGUUCUGCUCCACCGCAGCGACGAGACUCUAAACACUUGCCACCGCCGCCUCAAUUUCAAAUUUACAAAAAUUUAGAAAAAUGCUUUUAGUUCUCUCCCUGAAAGUGAGACAAAGGCUUUAAGACGACGGCCUGUUGGAGGAGGAGGAGGAGGAGGCCUUCCUCAUUAAAGGCUGCAGCCUGCAGGGCUUCGGCUCGUUGGGUUUAUGAAUCUUCUCGACGUCGAUGGUAGAAGGUUUAGAGUGUUAAUCGUUUCUUCUUCAUGUGUUGAAGUGUUGAUAUUUUUAAUAAUCUGACCUGUUAACCUGAGCUGACCAGACUGUGUUCACGUGGCGGCCGUUUGUUUGUGAUGAUGAUGAUGCAUCACUGGUUUUGUUUGUAUGUGGAGAACGUUGUCGUCGACUCAGAGGAUCAAUAAAGAACAGAAUAAUAAGAAAAGUGCCGGCUGUUUGUUUGUUCUCCAGUCUGAAAGGUUCAUUUUCACCUCCUUGCUUCCUUCCUUCCUUUCCUACCUUAUUUCUUCCUUUCCUCUUUACACCAGACUCACUCGCUGAACUUUUAUUUUUUCAAACACACCUGCUCUGACCGUUAAAAUGAAUAUUUAUAAUGUGGGGGGUAUUAUUCAAACUCUGUGAUUGACAGGCCCAACCAGCCAAUCAGCUUGCAGACAGCGUCUCCUCAUGAAUAUUCAGCAGCAGCUGCUGAACACAAAGCCAGACUCAGACCGUUAAAUUUAACCCUUUCACUGCGCGGCCCUCAAACUCAACUUGGAUAUGAAGUUUCAACAGAAGACCAGAUGAAGGAGAUGAAGACCUCCCACGUCUUCCUCAUGCUGCUUGUACUUUGCAUCAGUAGGAGGAGCCAGAGGAACCUGAUUAUCUGUCUCAUAUGCCAAAAGGUUAUUUUUAUAAAAGUUACCUACUGAAACUUUAAGCAGGCGACAUUUAAUUUUCAGAUUUAUAAAAUAAGCCAAAUGGGUGUAUAAUAAGGGUUGUACCCUAAGCCGUCGCCCCGCCUGUUUGUAAAUAGUGGACCGCUUACAAGUACGUUAAAUUCAGCUUAUGUCGCGCUACUAACCGAUAGCUUGUUAUUACGUAACGGAGACGUUGAUACAUCCACAGUACGGGUAUUAUAAAAUAAUAAAAGUGAGCCAGUACAUUCAUUCAUUAGUCCUCAGAAAAAUAACUCUCUAUAACUUUUAUCACAUAAUGAUUAAAAUAAGGGAUAUAAGAGCUGAUGUACGUAAAAUUAUUGUAAUAAAAACAACUGAUUUACAAACAUCUUUCACAAGUUCAUCACGUGAAAGAUCCGUAAGUCGGGUCUUGGGGACUUUGCGUUUCAUGUUUUUAUAUCCUGGUGGGGCCUUUAACCGACGGGGAGUCAUGAACUGUCCCCGCCGGUAGAAACUGCAGGCAGUCGUGAUGGUUGGAGAUGCAUUAUGUCAGUGAGAUGUCCCCGCAGGGAUAGAGGAACAAACGUGUGUGUGUUUCCCAUACUGAGUCAUGUGUCUGUCCGUCACUGGAGCCACUGAGCGUGUGCAGAAGAGCGCUCCCAUUCUGUCGUCCGGCUGAUGUCACACGCUGAGUCCACCCCGGGCCUGUUACACACAUGUUCACUGAUGCGUUGGUGGACACACAGUUACACUGAGACACUGAUGAACAGUCUGACCCGGGUUGUUUCUUUACCGUCUCGCCUCCUUCCUGAGUUUCGGGCUUCCUUAAGCUGCUUCACGCUGAUUUCCACAACCCUGGAAAUGUUUCAGAAACGUUUGUCCUGCAGCAGCCUAACAUAAUCCAGAGUUGUUCCUCUGACAUGUUUGGUGUUUAACACAGUGGUGGAAGAAGAAACGUUCUGACAGUCUGCUGUGUGGAGGUGAAAGUAAAUGUCUGAAGAUGUGCUCUUAUCCACACUGGUAGGAACAGAAUAAAAAAUAUCCAUAGAAACAGCUUUCCUGCUGUCUGUCUUAAACCAAAGACGUGAAAGCAUCAGAUCUGUGUGCAGCGAUGAGGAGAAUAAAAAAUAAUGAAUGACCUCAGGUGAACUCCUGCAGAGCUUCACAGCUUCAUCCUGAUUGGUCCAAUCUGCAUCAUGACUGUAAAACAUCUGUGAGGCCUUUUAUCUAUAACAAGGCAUCGUAUUUAAUGAGCUUAUCGUGUGUUGUAAAAUCAAACAACAGGAGUUUUUCAUUAAAUCAGCUGCCAUGUG